AGAAAACUAAUUACUAUACGAGUACAUCAUCUUUUUCAAAAUGUUGCAAUUUAAAGAAAUCUCUCUUAUAGAUGAUAUUACCAAAUUUUUAAUUAUAGAUACAUAUUUAGGAUUUGAAACAAAAAAAAUUGAUGACAUAAAUGUUAAAAACCUUUUUAAGGAUGACAGUCAGGAUAUCAUUAAAACUAUAAAAGAGUUUCUUGAAAAAGUUGAUUAUGACAGUACAAUAUCUACAUUUUUUACUUUGAUAAAUAAAAAUUUACCAGAAGUUUCUUAUUUAUACUCGAACGAUUUCAAAGAUAGUUUACAUAAGUAUUUAGAAUUAAUUGAUCCUAAUAAUUUAGUAAAUACAGUUCAAGAAACAUUUCAAUACUCAAGUUUUGAACGACAAACUAAGAUUACAGCUAAAACAUUGAUUAAAAAAAAUAUGAAAAUCGAAUUAACGGGUUUGUAUACCCCAUUAACUUUAGAAGAAGAGAAAAAAUUAUCUAAAGAAGGAAAUGAUUUUUCUAUCAUGUAUAGUUGUAGGAAGAAAACCUAUGUAGUAUUACUCGGACCAAUCGCUUUAGUGAACCAUGACUGUAAUGCUAAUUGUAGUUAUACAUCAAAUGUUGAAGGAAUCAUGUAUCUCAGUUCGAAAAGAAAAAUACAAAAAGGCGAAGAAAUCACCUGUGUUUACAGUAAUGAUUAUUUCGAAAGUAAUAAUUUACUUUGUGAAUGUAAGACAUGCAAUGAUGCAAAACAUUUACAUAAAAGACAAUUAAAACCGAUUCAGUAUCAAAAUCUAUCAACAUCAAACAUUAUUGCCAGAAAACUAAUUGAGUUCAAAACAUUGACAGAAAAAUGUUACCGUCAGAAUUUCAUGGAAAAUGCCAACGAAAGACUAAUAAUAAUUUUGAAAAAGGGUUAGCUUAUGACAAUGAAUUUUAUAGAAUAUUUAUUGAAUUUUUAAAAAUUAAUAGAAUAAUCUCAGAAACGACUGAAGAACCCAAACUGCAAGUUGAUCAAAUUAAAAGCAUAGUACUUGGAAUUUACAAAAACUGGCAUAUUUCAAGCUAUAAAGCAGUGGAAAAAUUUGUAACAAAGUAUUUUGAAAUCAUCAAGGAAGAUAUCAAAGAUUAUGACGUAAAUAUGGUACUCCUAGCUCCAGAAUACAAAGCCAUUGACGUUUAUAUGUUAAAUCUUAUAAUAACAUGUGUAAUGUUAUGUCCUGAAGAGUUUGGAAAUUGUAUUUUUAAAGGGGAAAAAAUUACACACGUUUCUAAAGAAAUGAUUUUGACAAAAAUGUACAGAAAUUUCUCAAAAUCAGAUAUGAACAAAUUAAAUAAUACAUUGGAUAAAUAUAAUUUAUACCUACAGAAGAAAUCGAUCGAUUUUGUGAACAAUGUUCUGAAGCAGCGAGCGUUGAAGCAUAUACAAGAGAGACAGCCGUUCGUACGAUUGGAAACUCAAAAAAGUCAGGAGGAUUCUCAAAGCAGCUUUGAAAGUCAAUCAUUUCUUGAGACACGUUCAGCUGUAGUACAUGAGAAAGAUAUCAGGACCAAGUAUACGUACCUAGCGACAACGAUUCCAGUAAUCUUAGUAACAAGGUGA